UUUGAUUUUAUAUAUACUUAUCUUCUUUCAGAUUGUGUUCACUUGUAUCCAGCUAACAUACAGCAUUGUAUCAAUGCAAGAUAUAUCACAAUUGAGACGAGUGUUUGGCAAACCACGUAAUGUUGGAAGUUAUUGGCCAGAGAUCCACAUCAUACGCGUACCUAAGGAGUGUGUUAACAAGACUUAUUGCACCAUCAUGCCCAAAUAUUAUCCACAAGAACGAUUCAACAAAUUGUUUGAAAAUAAAACUGUAAUCUCACAACCAUCACUUCUGUACGUUGACCCAAACCUCGCUAACAGAGUCGGCGAAGAGGAUUACGACGCCUGUGAAAGUACUUCAGAGAUUAACCCAUUGUCCAUGGUUAAAGAUCAAAAUAAUAUUUGGCGGUUGGUGGUGCAGGCGCCCGAACAUAACUUCCGACAAAUCGUUCAUAUGAAAGUCUGCAAGAAUCCAUAUAAAAAAUGCCAAAAUUACGGAUUCCUACCUCAUUAUAUUGUCUCGUACUGCAAACAGAGUUACGUCACCGCCAAUCUUCUGGUAACCAAAGGUGAAAGCGAUUUUGAAGAAAUAAAGGUAAAGUUACCAGCCUGUUGUCACUGUACUUGUAAGAAAAUAUAAUCACAUCACGCUGCAUAAGAAACGCAAAGACCUGCGAAGCUACACAAAGUGCAUGCGCUCCUAAUCGUUUUCAUAACGAACGAAUAGAAUUAUAGAUAUAUAUUCAAUUUGUUUUAACUU